AUGAAGUUUGCUGCUGCUAUCACCCUCUUCGCUGCUUCUGCCAGUGCUUUCAGCCCCUUCAGCGGAGCCAAGAAGUCUGCUGCUGUUGCCACCCCUGCCUUCACUGUUGAAACUAUCCCUGGAGCUCUUGAGCCUAUGGGCAUCUGGGAUCCUCUUGGAUUUGCUGCCAAGGCUGACGAGAAGACCCUCAAACGAUACCGUGAGGCUGAGCUCACCCAUGGACGUGUUGCCAUGCUUGCCACUAUUGGUUUCUUGGCCGGAGAAGCUGUUGAGGGAUCAUCUUUCUUGUGGGAUGCCAGUGUCACUGGUCCUGCCAUCACCCACCUUACCCAGGUCCCUCCUCUCUUCUGGGCUCUGUUGGCAACUGGAAUUGGUGCUUCUGAACAAAAGCGUGCCGAAAUUGGCUGGGUUGAACCUUCCAAUGUCCCUGUUGACCAACCAGGCCUCUUGCGUGCUGAAUACACCCCUGGUGACAUUGGAUUUGAUCCUCUUGGCUUGAAGCCUGAGGACCCUGAGGAGCUUUUGGUCCUCCAAAACAAGGAACUCCAAAAUGGCCGUCUGGCUAUGCUUGCCGCUGCUGGAUUUAUGGCUCAAGAAUUGGCCGACGGAAAGGGAAUCAUGGAGCACUUGAUGAACUAA